AUGUCAAGCGAUUACAAAUUCCAAGGAUGGCUCGGCAUGGAUGCCGACUCGGUGAAUGGAAAGAUGGUAUGGAAGCAGUUCGAGCCGAAACCAUUCGAUGAGGCCGAGGAUAUUGAUAUUCGUAUAACACACUGUGGCAUUUGCGGGUCUGAUCUCCAUACACUUAGAUCGGGUUGGGGCCAGACUGCCUACCCAGUCUGCGUGGGCCAUGAAAUCGUGGGACAUGCUGUCCGUGUGGGCUCGAAGGUAAAGGGUAUCAAAGUGGGCGACCGAGUUGGUGUAGGUGCACAGUCGUAUGCGUGCCACAACCGCAACGGCGACUGUGAGGCGUGCGCAGAUGACUGGACGCCUCAUUGCCGCACCACCGUCGGUACAUAUGGUGCCAAGUGGCCGGACGGGAGCAAGUCCAUGGGAGGCUAUGCCGACUACUGGCGAGGGAGCUCCAGCUGCGUGAUCAAGAUCCCAGAUGAGAUACCCUCGGAUCAAGCCGCGCCCAUGCUAUGUGGUGGCAUCACGGCAGUCAAGCCGCUCUUCCAAUACAACGCAGGACAUGGGAAGAGGGUCGGGGUCAUUGGCAUUGGCGGCCUAGGCCACUACGGCAUCCUGGGCGCCAAAGCGCUCGGCUGCGAGCAGAUCGUCGCGAUAUCUCGCUCGAGCGCGAAGAAAGCCGACGCCAUGAAGAUGGGCGCCACGGGCUUCAUCGCCACCGACGAGGACCGCGAUUGGGCAUCUAAGCACGCCGGAUCGCUGGACCUCAUCGUCUCCACCGUCUCCAGCCCCAAGCUUCCCCUCGAACAGUACCUGCGCCUCCUCCGGCUACACGGUACGUUCGUUCAAGUCGGCGCGCCUGAAGACAAGCUCCCGUCUGUCUCGGCCUUCAGUCUCAUCGGCAACCACUGCUCCAUUGCGGGAAGCAUGAUCGGCUCGCCAAACGAUAUCAGGAAGAUGUUGGACCUGUUCGUGAAAAAGGGCGUGCACACCUGGAAUAAUAAUUACCCGAUGAAGGAUGCUAAUCAGGCACUGCGAGAUUUCGAGGCGGGUAAGCCGAGGUAUCGGUUGGUGUUGGUCAAUGAGCAGCAUCUCAAGUAG